UAAUUUUUAAUUAUUUUCAGUGAUAAAAAGUUUCUAUUACAGACGCAACGAUGUUGUUAAAAACACUGUCCUUAAGUUUUUUAUUCAAUGUAUUUGGACAAAGAUAUCCUGAACAUUUCGGUAGAGAAAAUAAGCAGUUACAUCAGCCUCGACAAAUGCUACCUAAACCAAAAAACGACCGAUAUGACACAAGAGCUUUGUACGAUGAAUUAGACGAGUUGGACGACAGAAUAAAUAGAAAUAAUAAGUGGGACGAGUUUAAGGAAAUGGCAACACAAUUAAAGGAAAAGGGUCAACAAAAUCCUGAUCAUGAUUGGCACGACGAUCUACGCAAAGUCCUUGAAUGGUCAAGAACUUUGACAAAGGAUAAGCCAGUUUAUGAGGAACCGAUAGAACGUCUGAAUUCUAAAUCUGUCGCAAAGCCUAGCGCGGGAAUGGCUCCAUAUUGGAACGAAGAAUAUGACCAAGUUCAACCAAAGAGUCGUAAGUUACCACUCCCUGGGCCGAACACCCCCCGCUUUUUAACUGGAAAAGAGGCUAUGAAAGCGGCGCUCCGGAAUCUUGAGGAGUUGAAUGUGGAUGGAGUAAAUAUACAAAAAGAAGAUAUGAACAAAAAAAUAUUGGCUGAAAACGUAAAAAGAGAACAGAAUCUUUUUCCGAAAGAGGAUGAUUUUAAAGCUCCAAUUCGAUGGGUACCAUUGGAAUCACCUGACACACAAGAUGGAUUGGCAAAAGUUACAGAUCCAAAGACGGGCAGAAAUCUUAAUUUUGUUAUAAACGGGACACUUAUGGUUCCUAUAAUAGACUACAGCUUAGAACGAUUAGGCUUGACUACAACCACAUCAUUACCACUUCUGAUCACGGAUGGCACAGCACUACGUACUGUUAUACGUAGUGUUGAUUUGAAAAAAGCAGAUGAAGCUGAUUGGUUGGUUUUCGAAACAGCUUUAGGCAGCAGGAAUGACAGCAAUGAGUGUAUGGGAGAUGGGUGUCAGGCGAGGUGCAAAAGACUCGGCUGUGAAUCGACGUGCAAUGGUGACACUUGUGCUGCGGGGUGUGUAGCUGGACAUUGCAGUACAUUUUGCAAAGGUCCUGGUUGCUUUGCUAUGUGUAUCGGUGAAGGAUGCAGUGCGAAGUGCUUCGGUAUUUCUUGUGAGGCCAGAUGUCUCGGAGGUGGCUGCGAGGCGGGCUGUCGUAGUUUCUCGUGUUUAUACGUGGUUAAUGGCAACCGUAAUCUGGGGGGUGGUACGUGGGGAGAACACUAUCCACAAUAUGAUGCUGCGAACAUAAGACCUGAUUACUAGUGUUUAUUAGUAAAUUAUGUCAUUUUUAUUA